UUUAAUGAGAAGGAAUCAGCCCCACGGCAGAGCCUCGCAGCAUUUCGUUAGGGCACAGCAUUUUGCAUAAUAUUCAUUCCGUUUUUAUCUGGAACUUUAAAAAGUACAACAUAACAAUUUGUAAAUAUAUACAUGUUUGUAAUUAUUACGAAAGAAUCGAUUUCUACGGGCCUGGUAUGAAAAAUUAUCAUCAAAUGUUUUUUCCUAGAUAGCGGAAAAGCACAUGCGACUAAUUUCUAUAACGAAUAUUCUCCGAAUACAGAGCCAGAUGCUAGAAAUGAUACGCAAUUCAAACCAAAGCUUGAUAACAGGGUCACAAAGAUUUUUGAUUCGCUGACAAGGUAUCGAAAUCUGAGAAGAAUCGAGGCAGAUAUCAAGAUUAUGACUCCCCAUAUAAGUAAGCUAUGCUCUUCUGUUGCAAACUAUCUGAACUAAUGACCGAGCUCAAAUGAGUAGGCACCAAGCUGAGACACUGGAUUUCAUAGCGCCGAGGGAGUUUCUUCCAAUCCCUGAUGAGUAUUCGUUGUAGACUUCUCAAACAUAUAGAACUCAGACCUGGUGAGCGAAGCUUGACUAAUUUGCCGUAGGGCAGCGAUUUUCUGAAUGCUAACUAUAUGCGAGUUAUCAGCACAAGAUAUUAGGCACAAACUUGGAAAAAUCCCCGUCUAACGUGGCGGGGAAUUUUGGCGGAUGAUAUGGGUCUCGGAAAAACACUGACAGUACUUGCCAGCCAGCAUCAUGCAAACAUCCAAAGAAGCCGAAGACUUCCUCGACUGCUCCCCUCAAAAUUUGGCCCAUCACGCAAGCCUCAAACACAAAGUUCGUUCCAGGUUGAUGCUUGUUAUAGUACAAACACAUUUUAUGUCUAACUCUCACCCGUGAACUUUUCUUUUGAUUGAUAAACUGCAGUACUCAUCGAUGGAUGGAGAGAAGAAGUUUCAAAGCACUAAAUCAGUAGGCACUGUCGGGGAUAUGUGAACGUCAACAUAUACCAUGUUCGUGGACGCGAGACAAAUCGCAAAGUCCUAGCCAACGCGGACAUUGUACUAAGUACAUAUGGUACAGUCUCUGCCGAGUAUUUGGAUCCGGAGAGUCCGGUGUAUGGCAUCGAAUGGUUCUGUCUUGUCCACCAAUUGUUCGCGCCGAGCAAAUGGAGAGUACUAGCACUGCCUCUAAAGUGAAAGAACUGAUGAAAGAUAUCAACCAGAAUCAGACAGAAGGGAAGAGGUAUGACACAUCAGCUUAAUCAAGCAUGCAAGUAUGACUAACUCGACAACCAAGUAUAAUCUUUUCAUGUUGGACUACGGCAUUAGACCUGGUUGGACAUCAUCUUAAGCUUUGCGGUCUGCCUUUUGAACGUGUUGACGGCAGCUGCACUCAUGCGCAACAACACGAGGAUACACGGAUCCUCAUAAUGACAACUGGAACCGGGGCGGAAGGGUCUGUCUCCUUAUAUCCAAGAGACUCGCACUAGCUAAAAUUCAAAGUCUCGACCUUACAAUCGCCAACUAUGUAUAUAUUCUAGAGCCGCAGUGGAACCCAACGU